AUGCUGCUCUCGACGUCUCUCUCGUUCGCCGUGCUCUCGGCCCUCGCCUCCGCCCAGAAGGCGGGCGACAAGCAGCCGACGCUCAAGUUCAACCGCGACCUGUCCCCGCACGACGCCCAGAUCCGCCUCGGCCCGCAGCCCGAGGCCUGGACUGCAUCGGGCAGCGGCGACGACACGGUGUACAACACGGACUCGUCCUGGGGCCAGAUGACAGUGAACCUCAAGUUCAUCGGCGACGCGAUCACGAUCCACGGCAAGUCGGACAAGUACUGGACGCAGAGCGGCGGGGACUGGAAGUCCAUUCUCUACGUCACGGGCACGGGCGGGCAGUUCCCGACCGACGGCAAGAUCCUCGAGCAGCCGCUGUCCAGCACGGACAUUGCCGAGUUCAAGAGCAACGACACGCGCGAGAUUGACGUCUCCCUCGUCCUCGGCCAGAGCGACUGGACCAUCAGCGGCGUCACUGUGGGCACUGGCUUUGUCUCGGAUGCCAAGAGCAAGGACGACGCACGCAAGACCGAGGUCGACUUUUUAGAGGACGGCAAGGUCAACCCCGUCCUCGGCACGGAGGGCACGUGGGAGGCCUCCGGCGAGUACGCAGUGUGCAAGGACAAGUCCAAGUUCCGCACGAGCAUCCCCAAGGGCGUCGCCUACGUCGAGCUCGAGGGUGCGCGCGGCCCCGAGUCCAAGGAGUUCCAGCUCCACAUCUUUGCCGACGACGGCGAGCAGAUCUGGGAGACGAUCGCGACCGAGUUCCCCACUGCGACCGAGUCGCUCUUCUUCUUCUCUCCCCUUGACCCCGCCAAGAAGUGGACCCUCGAGGUUGACUGCAUCGGCCCCAACAUUCCCAGCGGACAGAACCAGUUCGACAAGAUCACCUACUACUACGAGAAGACUGCAGCGCCCGCCGACGAGGAGAAGCCCGCUGCUGGUGCUGGCUCUGCGGACGCCGGAGACAAGGACAAGGCUGCCGCCUCGUCUACCGGUGGAGCUUCCGCUUCCGCCGGACAGUCCUCCUCUGCCGCCGCUGCUCCCGCCGCCAGCCAGACCGCCGGCGCCGCCUCCACUGGCUCUUUUGCCGGCCUUUUCGCCCUCGGUGCCGCCGCCGCCGCCUACGCCGCCGCCUACCUCGCUCUCUGA